CACUCUUCUCCGAGAGGGAAGAGGUCUCAGACCGUAUAACCCACACUCCCCCUUCUUCAUUGUCCAAAUCAAGGCGUCCUUUCUCUGUACCCCCAACAACUUCUCUGCUUCAGUCAUGGCGAUUCCUCAGGCGCAGCUUCUCCUCACUUCUCUCUUCCUUUCUCACAUUCUAGUACACCAAGUCGUCUCCGCCUCAACCACCAUAACUCUCUACAACAAGUGCAAGCACCCCGUGUGGCCCGGAAUCCAGCCGAGCGCCGGCCAGCCCAUCCUCGCCCGCGGCGGCUUCAAGCUGCCCCCCAACAAGGCCUACGCACUCCGCCUCCCACCUCUCUGGUCCGGUCGCCUCUGGGGCCGCCACGGCUGCGCCUUCGACGCUCACGGCCGAGGCCGCUGCGCCACCGGCGACUGCGGUGGAUCCCUCUUCUGCGCCGGCGCCGGCGGUGCUCCUCCGGCCACUCUCGCCGAGAUCACCCUCGGAAACGACCAGGAUUUCUACGAUGUCAGCCUCGUCGACGGCUACAACCUCGCCAUUUCCAUAACGCCCUCCAAGGGCUCCGGUAAAUGCAGCUACGCCGGCUGCGUAAGCGACCUCAAUGUCAUGUGCCCGGCUAGCCUUCAGGUCCGCUCCGGCGACGGGCGGCGCGUGGUGGCCUGCAAGAGCGCGUGCUCGGCUUUUAACUCGCCCAGGUACUGCUGUACGGGCAGCUUCGGGAGCCCUCAGUCUUGCAAGCCGACGGCGUAUUCGAGGAUUUUCAAGGCGGCUUGUCCGAAGGCGUAUUCGUAUGCGUACGAUGAUCCGACCAGCAUUGCGACUUGUACUAAGGGCAACUAUUUGGUUACUUUCUGUCCUCACCAUCGUUAGGGUUUGGAGCAGUUACUUGGGGGUAUGAAUCUGGAGUUAAUUAGUUGAUUAAUCAUUAUUAGAUAUGAGUUUAUAAGUACACUUUUGAAAUAUUAUGUUAUUAUAAAUACUGUGUUACCGAGUAAUUAUGAUCGGUUUGGUUAAUGGGUUUGCGUUAAUGAACUUGUUUUUCCAUCUAGCGACUGAUGGUUUAGUUCUCUA